AUGCCUGAUGUGAUCGUCGAUGGUACGGUGGACGGGGUGGAAAUCCGGGAUAGACUGAAGCAGUUUGACCAGUCGAAUGCUCCAAGUCGGAGGGGUUCGCAGGCUGCGACGCCACCGAAGUCCGUUGUAGGAAUCGGAGGUAAAGUCGCGAAGCCGGAUUAUUCAGAAGCAAAGAUUGUACUGGCGAUGGUCGGAUUGCCAGCGAGAGGAAAGUCGUACCUCAGUAACAAACUCAUGCGCUACCUGCAGGCGAAAUACGAUGUGAAGGUGUUCAACGUCGGUCAACUAAGAAGAAGUCGAGCAAGGCAGAAGAAGCAGGAGAGUGGCAUCAAGGAAGACCAUACCGCGGCAUAUUUCAGUCAUGACAAUGUAGAGGCUACUAGAUUGCGAGACCAGCUAGCGAAUGACAGCCUUGAGAUGCUUAUAGCUUGGUUGAAACAGGGAGGCAAUGUCGGUAUACACGAUGCCACAAACAGUUCUCGCGCCAGAAGGGCACAGAUUGAAUCUCGGGUCGCAAAGGAAAAGGGCAUCGUGGUGAUCUUUCUUGAGUCUGUUUGUGACGAUCCAGCCAUCAUCGCAGCAAAUGUCGCACUCAAAGUCUCCUCCGGCGAUCCGGACUACAAGGACAUGUCGCCCGAGAAAGCUAAACACGAUUUCCUUCGGCGCAUCGAGCAGUACGAGAAGGUGUAUGAGACAAUCGACGAGCCUCAUCUGAGCUAUUUCAGGAUCACCAAUGUGGGGAGUCAGGUCACGGUUUGCAGGAUACAUGGGUAUCUACAGAGUCGGAUUGCGUUCUAUCUGAUGAACCUCCAUCUUAAGCCAAGGAGCAUCUACUUGUCCAGGCAUGGAGAGAGUCAGUACAACGUGGAAGGGAAAAUCGGCGGUGACGCUCCUUUGUCAGACAGAGGAUUAGCGUAUUCCAAAGCCCUACCAGCUCUCAUCACAGACAACAUCGGUGAUGCUCCCCUUACGGUCUGGACAUCGACACUCACAAGAACAAUUCAGACAGCAGAAAAUCUUCCGUAUACGAAACUGACGUGGAAGUCCCUGGACGAGCUGGAUGCGGGUGUCUGCGAUGGCAUGACUUACGAAGAGAUCGAGCAAGCGUAUCCGGAGGAUUUUGCCAAUCGGGAUGACGACAAGUUCAACUACCGUUACCGAGGAGGCGAGUCGUACCGGGACGUGGUAGUUCGUCUUGAGCCUGUUAUCAUGGAACUUGAGCGUCAAGAGAAUAUCUUGCUCAUCGGACAUCAAGCCAUUAUUCGUUGCCUUUACGCAUACUUCCACAACCUCCCUCAGGCUGAUCUGCCUUACAUCAAGAUUCCCCUGCAUACAGUGAUCAAGCUCACGCCAAAAGCCUACGGUUGUGACGAAGAGAGGUAUGCUCUACCCAUCGGCGCCGUCGACACCCACCGACCCAAGCCAAAGUCAGGCGGACCACAUCUGCCACCAUCACAUUCGGGCAGAGAAUAUUAUGGCGACGCUGUCCGAUAG